GGAGGAUCAAUUUGAUUUUUAAAGGCAGAAAAUGAAUGGUUUCUGAAGUUGACCACAAAGAGUUUAGAGUAGACUGUCAAUUAUGUGCCAUUACAAAGAUCUAAAAGAUUAUUAGAGCCGACAGGGUUCAUUUCUCACAAAAUCUGAUCAAAUUUGACCAUCUACCUCCUUCACAUAUUCAUUUAAUCUGGUUCUAGUAGCAAACAAUAAUAAACUUAUCUAUUUUACUUUUUUUCUUUUACUUUUAGCUCAGUCCAGAGACAACAACAGGUUGUCUCUGGCUCAGUCCAGUUUUCCGUGUAUAUAUGAAAGUGUAGAAUUCUUUUUGGGACUCUGUGAGCAGUGUGAGCGAUCAAGAGAAAAGCAGCUUAUCUUGCACGAUUAUCUUGGAUCUUUUGUGAAGAAUCUACGCAAUUUCCUGAUCAUUGUAGAUUACCUCCGUAAUAGAUUCAUGAUAAUCAGCUGACGAAUUCAAUUCAGCAUUAUAAAUUAAUUUCUAUCAUUCUUUGCAGCCAUUCGUUGAAAGAUUCUGUUGAAGAAUAUGUCUCUUUUUGUGGUUCUUAUUACUGCACUGCAUUUUCUGUCGUUUAGCGACGGUUAUUUGUGGACAGAACAUAAAGAAUGCGACCCAAGAUACCACUAUUGGCAGCCUUUCUGUGAUAGCAUUCCCCCACAAGCUUACGUAGCUGGCGUCGACAAAAAUGGUCUUAAAAAAUAUAUAGCACGAGUAAUGACUCCAGAUGGAAGAUCUUGGUCAGCGCCAACGACAAUCUCGAAAGAUUCAUUGCACAUAUUCUUUACCUGGCCAGAUGGUAAGGACAGUGUGGAAAAAAUCACCGAUUCCGUAGAAAUUUUAUGCGUGUACGGUGAUGCGCCCGGAUUUGGAUUUCGGGACACGGAAAAAGUGGAGCUGGUUCAUACGAAACUUGCUUGUUGUUUCGUCGAAGGAGGUGUGGGAUACGUAGACGGAAAACAGGUGGUUACGUACGUCGGAAGGACUCUGAAGGAUGGUAAAUAUUAUGUGGGUGGAGUGUCCGACCCAAUUUGGAGACUAUGGUACACCGUACACCCAAUGCGAUAUAUUGACGAGGUGGGCAGGGAUUUUAGUAUCAGUCAAGAUUUCGACGUUUUGGCGUACGACUGUUGUACAAAAAACCAAUGUAAAAAACCGAAUAGGGCGGAAUGCUGUUAUGACAUUCUUAAGUGAUAAUCUCAUUUUUAUAUCAGAUUAGAGAAGAUGAGUACUAUCAGUAUCGAAAAGACUCAUGUUUCCUUAUCUAACUUUAUGAAAAAUCAAUAAAACAUCAUCAGUACUA